AUGAAGGCCGGGGAGGCAGUCGGAGGGGCGGAAGGCGAGGGGCAGGGGCCGCAGAAGCGGGGACUCUGCGUCCUCUGCGGCCUCCCGGGCGCGGGCAAGUCCACCUUCGCCCACACCCUGGGGCUCCGGCUGCGCCGAGAGCAGGGCUGGGCCGUCGGCGUGGUCUCGUACGAUGACGUCAUGCCGGACGCGUUCCUCGACGAACCCUCCCAGUGGAAAUUGCUUCGACAGGAGCUGUUGAGAUACCUGGACUGCUUCUUGAUGGCUGUCAUUAACGAGUGUCAGAUGUCAGCUCCACACAAGAGAACUGAAGCCAUGUGGGAUGGUUUUAUUACCAGCUUAAAGGAUCAAGAUCUGUUGUCUUCUGCAGCUCCCGAGGACCCAUCUUGUUACCACUUAACGAAGACUGCUGUUUCCAGACCUUUGUUUUUGGUUUUGGACGACAACUUCUAUUAUCAAAAUUCAUUAGGCUUUUGCCAGCUCUUUCUGGAUUGUCCUCUUGAGACCUGUUUGCAGAGGAAUGGCCAGAGGGCGAGGACACUGCCCGCAGAAACCAUUCACCUGAUGGGAAGAAAGAUAGAAAAGCCCAGUCCCUCCAGAAAUACCUGGGAACACAACAGCCUCACAAUCCAGAGUCCAGCACGUUCUUCUGAAGUCAGGUACGAAGUGACUAGUUUACUGCUUACUGCUUUGGAAAAUCCAGUUAAAAAUGUUGAGGAUGACUGGGAACAGAAGGAAACGGACCGAAUUAUUUGUUCAAGUAAUACUCUUCAUCAAGUGGAUCAGAUGCUCCGAAGAAUUGUCUCUCAGACAAUGAAGGAAGCAAAAGAUGAGCACGUGCUUCCGCACGUUAUGAAGCUGCUAGCAGAAGACCUUAACAGGCUCAAAGCAGAGUUUCUGGAAGAUCUAAGACAAGGAAGCAGGAGUCAUCAUUGCUUUGAACAAGCCAUGUACAUCGCCGAUGUCCUAACAUCUUUUCAUUCUGAGAAAGAUAGUAUUGUACAGAAGUAUUUUUCAAAGCAGCACUAA